CACAGUCUAGCAAGGCAGCAAGUUUGAGAGUCUAUGAAUGCUACUCAAAUUUAAUAUCCAGUUUUAUUUUAAUUUUUUAAAAAUGUUAUGCAGUUUGCAGAAGCAUACUGGAGUUUGCAUGGUAAAUUUUGUACAUUAGCAAGAAAUAUAACUGAUUUUGUGCACUGAGUUUUAAUACAGAUUUUUGUUGCUCACAAAUAAAUGUUUUUAAAUUGCAGAGACCAUGACAACAAGAGAUAACUUGAAAGAUGUUGGAACUCAGUAUGAGUGUUUAGUGUCUUUCAAGGAAUCUUCAAGUUCAACCCCAGUGAAAACAAUGCCAGCACCACCUCAGCUACAAGAGAGCCCCAUAAAAAUCUAUGAAGAUUCUAAUGACCCUUUAUAUGAGCCAGGAGACUUAUCAUUUCAAGAAGACAAAUUCAGUUCACCAGACACAUCAGAUGAAAAGAUCACAUCCAUAACACCAGUUACACCUAGCUGGAAGAGUGAGAGAAAAUACAUUGUAUUUGAGUCGAAGUUGCUGGAACUGUUUAGUGUUUGCCCUACAUGUGCAGGGCCAGCUCAGGGGCAGAUUGUACGGGAAGUUGGCUCUCUAGUACAAGUGGUGACCAAAUGCCCCAAUUGUGAAGCCACCACGCGUGACUGGAACAGUCAGCCGAUUGUUCAUCAGCUACCAGUUGGUAACCUUGUUGCCUCUGCAGCAAUCCUUCUGUCAGGGUCACUCCCCACAUAGGCGCUCAAGGUCUUUAAGAUUAUGAAUGCGGCCAUGCAUAACAAGUCGACUUACUUCAGGCAUCAGACCAACUAUGUCAUACCUUCAGUUGUCUGCAUUUAGAAAGAACAACAGGUAAACAAUGUUUUUGGUACAAUCAUAGUGAAGCAGUAAGUUUAUAGUAAAUAUGAUAUUCACAAUUUUUAAAAAGUUGAGUUGGUUAACCCAGUGUUUCACUUGUUAAUUUAAUGAUCUUUUACAUUUAAACUUAAUAUCAAAUUGCAUACAGAUUGACAUAAAAAUACCUUUUUUUUAUUAUCAUUUAAUAAAAAUGAUAAAAAUUUGCCUUUUUUCCAUAGGAGGAUUUGUUUC